AUGUUCUCCCGUAUGAAGUCUCAACUCACCUCGACGUCUUCUUCAUCGCAACAACAAGAGAUGUCGGGCUCCAACUCGAACGGAUCGAUCCCAGGAUCACCGGCAGCCAAGACGAGGUCCAAGACUACCCAGCCUGGAACUCCGACUCAAGGAGGUACCCCGAGCAAGAUCCCGGUUCAUGUGGAUCGGACGGGUCAUUCCUCGACGACCGGAGGAGGGUAUUCGGUCCCUCCUAGUCCUUCGAGGGAACAAGUUCAUUAUCGUGGUUCUACGCAGCAAGGGGUGUAUAUCACCACCUCGGCUGCUCAACAACAACAGCAGCACCAGCAACAACAACAACACCAGAUCAGCGGACUCCCCCACCACGCGACAGCUAACAACCCCAUGCCCCCUCCUCCAGUCCCCAACCGUUCGUUGCACCCGAAACAAGACUCUCAUCACGCCCAGGCCGUGACCGCCUAUCCGUCGAACGGGGAUGAUAGUGACAUCCACAUGACCACCGUCAACCCGAACAUGCUUCCCGCUGGGUACCUUCAGUCUCUCGCACAGGCUCCCGGAGUGGCUUAUGGGUCGACAGGAAGUGGGGUCCCUGUUCCUUCGAUCCAGGAUCAGAGGAUCAACCUCCAACCUCAACAACAACAGCAACAACAACAGCAAGCUGGUGGGAUGGGAAGGAGGAUGAAGGAGGACGUCAAGAUGCAGACCGUCCUCCGGUCCGGCGCCACGGGUCAAGGGCAACAGCAAGGACAGCGAGCGGAGGAUCAGGGAGGACCUCAGCAGUUGGCUUUGUGGGAAAGGGAGAUCUUGGCCAGUCAGGAGGUCAAGCGGAAGGCUACGUUGGCGCAACUAUACUUCCUGGACUAUUACUUCGACUUGCUCGGGUAUCUGCACGCGAGGAAGGGAAGGACGGCUGGGUUUAAGAACGACGUUGCCGCUCGAGGACUUUCUCAGGAGGAGAUGAACAAGGAAUUCAAGUCGUACGUCGGACGGGAAAGGGUCGUUCUGAGGAAGAGGAGGAUCAAGCUCCGGGUCGAUCAGUUCAGGAUCAUUGCACAGGUCGGACAAGGAGGAUACGGAUCCGUCUUCCUCGCCCGCAAGGCCGACACGGGCGAAGUCUGCGCUCUGAAAAAGAUGAAAAAGACGACGCUCGCCAAGAUGGACGAGGUCAAGCACGUCUUGAUCGAAAGGGACAUCUUGACGGCGACCAAGACGCCUUGGUUGGUCAGCCUUUUGUACGCUUUCCAGGAUAGGGAUCAUGUUUACCUCGCCAUGGAAUACGUCCCGGGUGGAGACUUCAGGACGUUGUUGAACAAUUCGGGAGUGCUCAAGGAGGAACACGCCAGGUUCUAUUCCGCCGAGAUGUUCAUGGGCGUGAGCGAGCUUCACAAGCUCGGGUACAUCCACCGAGAUCUGAAACCAGAGAACUUCCUGGUCGACUCUACGGGUCACGUCAAGUUGACCGAUUUCGGAUUGGCUACUGGAGCCCUCAACCCGGCCAAGAUCGAGUCGAUGAAGAACAAGCUCGAUCAAGUCAAGGACGAGAACCUGGUCGUCAGGAGUACUCUUGAGAGGAGGACGAUGUAUAAGAGUAUGAGGAUGGCAGAGCCUCGAUAUGCCGACUCGGUCGUUGGAUCGCCGGACUACAUGCCUCCCGAGGUUCUGCGGGGCAAAACUUAUACCUUCUCUGCGGACUACUGGUCACUCGGAUGUAUUCUCUUUGAAUUCCUCUGUGGCUUCCCUCCAUUCUCGGGAAGCACGCCAGAUGAGACUUGGGUCAACUUGAAGAACUGGCCGAAGGUGCUGCGAAGGCCGGUAUAUGACAAGCCCGAGGAUUUGAUCUUCAACUUGACCGAUCAGGCUUGGGAGGCGGUCGUCCACCUUAUUGCCUCGCCAAAGGACCGAGUAUCCACUAUUCAAGAGGUCCAGGGCCUUAAAUUCUACAGCGAAGUCCCCUUCAAGGGUCUUCGUCAACAAGCUGCACCGUUCGUACCCAUGCUCGACAACGAGACGGAUGUCGGGUACUUUGAUUCGUUCAGCUCGCCCGAGGACAUGGCAAAAUACGCCGAAGUGUUCAAGAAGCAGGCCGACGUUGAGGCCGUCGCCGAGCGUGGAAGGGGCGAAAAGAACGCUUGGGUCGGUUUCACUUUCGGCAGGAACGCGAAUGUACCGGCUCAACCGACCAGGAGGAAGCAGGACGGCGAGGCGCUCUACACCAUGUUCUAG